AUGUUUGUAACAACCGUAACAAAACCUGAGCGGCUGGGGCCAGUGCCCAGUGAUGUGGAGAAAAAAACGCAUCACGUCAAGAAUAGUGCCGGCAAGACGACCAAGUUUACGAAUCCGCAUGAGUCCUUCUCGCCUGUUCGCAUGGGGAUAUUGAGCACUUGGUUCGGCACCUCGCCAUUUCCUAAGCCGGAAAACGACGUUGUGGCCGUUGUGAAGCCGGAGUUUCUGCCCAGCAGGACCGGAGCACCUGGCAGUGAAGCUCUGAGAGCCACAUGGCUUGGCCAUGCAUGUUACUACGUGGAGUAUCCCUCAGGGCUCCGCGUGCUGUUCGACCCCGUGUUUGAGGACCACUGCGCACCCAUCAAGCGGGAUCUGUAUAAAAGAUUCACGCAACCACCGUGCAAGCUCUCGGAUCUGCCAUUUGUGGAUGCCGUAUGUAUCUCACAUUCGCAUUAUGACCACCUCAGCGUGGACAGUGUGAAGGAAAUUCGAGACAACUUUCCGCAGGCGCAUUUCUUCGUGGGGCUAGGUUUGAAGGACUGGUUUAUUCAGUCCGGGCUGGAAAAUGUCACCGAGUGCGACUGGUGGGAAGACGUAGAUCUGACACUGACGGUCAAGGACGGGUCGGCCAGCGAAAAAGAGGCGAACCAUGCCCCACAACAGCCCAUCACCGGCCGCAUCUCGUGUCUCCCCUGCCAGCACGGCUCCGGCCGCACCGGCUUCGACCGGGACAAGACGCUCUGGUGCUCGUGGGCCGUCUCCUCCUCGGGCGGCUCGUCCCUCGACGCCAACCAGAGAUCCGUCCUCUUCCUCGGCGACACCGGCUACCGCACCGUACCCAGGCUGCCGGCCGACGUCGACGACUAUGCGCACCCUCAUGACAAGCUCCCAACGAACCCGCAGUUCGCCCAGGUGGGCCAGCUCCGCGGGCCCUUCGACCUGGGCCUGAUACCCAUCGGUGCGUACGCCCCGCGGGCCGCGUUCUCGGGCGUCCAUGCCAACCCGUUCGACUCUGUGGAGAUUUUCCGAGAUACGAGGUGCAAGCGGGCCAUGAGUAUACACUGGGGGACGUUCAUCUUGACGACGGAGGACCUGCGCGAGCCACCGAAGUUGUUGAAGGAGGCGCUGAGGAGGAGGGGCAUUCCCGAGGAAGGCGUUUUCGAUGUGUGGGUCAGAAAGGGGUUCCAGGUCGGUCUUGAGCACUACUUGCUUUCUCAAGAAGGUGCUGGGGAGGAGGCAUAUUACAUGGUUAUCCUCCGAUGUCGGAUCCUCGAGUAUCCGGAGUUAGAAACCGGUGCAUACUACACGGUUUGGGUCAGACAACGACUGCAGGAACGUGAAGAUUCUAGGGUCGCUACCAAAGAACUAGGUCGAGACACGCAGCUGAAUCCUCUCCGGAAGCGGUCAGAAAAUGGAGGUACUAUAUCUUGGGUGUUUGAUAACUGGCUGUGCGAAGAGUGUUGUGCCGCCGUCGAUUAUCUAACAAGUCUUUCGAUUAGAUUAUCGGCCCAGUUUAUGUUGCCGAUCAAGGCCUUGAUCCGCGAAGUCGCGGAAUGA